AUGCCCGCCCUCCUGCCUGCUUCUACUCCCUUCGGUGGCUCUCCGCUCCAACAUUACGAUACUCUCAGCUCAUCUGCAGGCUCCUCAUCACCUUCGUCUCCGCAGCCUUCGGGUAGCAAGAGGGGGAGGAAAAAGACUAAGCCGGAGAAGCCUGCUGCAAAUGAGCACCUCCCGCCUCGGACAUCAUGCGAUAGCUGUCGUACCCGGAAGCUCAAAUGUGAUGGGAGAUCGAUGGCUGAGGGCGGCUGUGAGAGGUGCUCAAGGGAGAAGACAAUUUGCCAUUAUUCGACGCGAGCUCCCAUAGGAAGGCCAAAAGGCUCCGUCUGCCCAGUCAAGAAGCGAAAGGUGGCUAGGGAAAGCGAUGAGAAGCCGGCGUCUCCCUCAGUCUUCGAUGAUCUCUCCUCAGAGUCUCCAUUUCAGGCGGCAGGCAACGGCUAUGUCCUAUCACCUCCCUCUUCCUUACAGCCAUUCGCAGCACUACAGUACGCUGUAGACCAGCAACAACGGCAACGACAGCAGGAGACUAGUGCUUUCAAUGGAGGUGGAAGUCACACUAAAGGCUACUCCGAUGCCGGCUCGCAGGCAUACUACAGUGUCCCGCUGGAUGAGCUACAUGCUCCUCUUUACUCCAGCACAUAUCCUAGCGUGACGAGCGAUAACCAGACACCAGCGGUACCCCAGGCUAACGGCAUGUCACUCGAGACACAGCAGCAACCCUCAUCAUUUGCGGCUUCGUCGGUGUCUCACAGCCAUCUCAUGGACUCACCUCUGGCGACCCUGGAGAUGGCAGCCUUCCUGGAUUCGCUGGAUCGUGUGGAGAUCAAGCCUGCCGACGGUCUGACAGCGAACAUGUUGCCAAAGGGUCAGAUACGGUCCAGGCAGAACGGCGUGUCGUACCCACCACUGCAACGUUCCGCGGCUUUCCUUGGCCAGGACUCCCUCGACAGUGAUGGCAUGCCCCUCUACUCCCAACCCGAGCCAGACGUUCCUCCUUUCGCUCCAUCUCGACGAAUAUCAUAUCAGGGGUCGCAGCAGUACACCAACCAAGAACAAGUCUCCAUCCUUGACGAAGGGGUAAGCUACGCAGUACCUAGUGACUUCAGCUGGUGGGAUUUGGGACUAGACGCCAAUCUGAUGGGCGGGGCCGGGGUCGGCAGUGUGAGCAAAGAGACAGCUAAUGCUGCCGUUGACAACUCGCAACGUGGCUUCACACACCGUCAGGAGAGUAGCUGGAGUAGCGGCACUGCUCAUCAGGACGCAGCCUCGGUCACUCAUGCCAAUGGCGGGCUACAUAUCACCAGCUCACGAGAGCCGACACAAAGUGAUACGACAGCAAGUAAAGGAAGCUGCUGCUCGAAGAAGACAGCCCUGGCAAAGCAAGCGACGCCACCAUCUCAAGUUCUCGCGCCCCCCGUCGUCAAGUCGUGCUGCUCCAAGUCAAAUGGUGAGGAGCUCGUCAAGCCGGUGGAGCCUCCUGCGUCGGUCAAUGAGAAGCCCAGCGGGCCAUGUCCGAAAACAGGAGCGGAAAAUUGCUGCUGCGACCCUCGCGAGCAGCCUGAGAGCGAACGAGAAGAGCAGGCGAAGAUUGGCGGCCUCGACAGCGAAAACCAUGACCUUCAUGCAGUCAGCUCUUCGUCCUCCAAAGAGGCUACAGUGAACAAUACACACACCCAGCCUCGAGUGCAUUGCGUGCCCAACCCAUCCGGCACAGGCUGCACCUGUCUGUGCGAAUCUUCCGUCUGCCUCCUGGGCGUUCGUCGAACGUUGGGUCAUCCUCUUCCCAUUUCCCCCUCUCCGUACGAAGACGACCUCGACGCCUCGACAGACGCAGAGGGGAGCCAGCUACAAGGCGAUAGGAAGACGCCUAUUCCCUCGCUGCACCUCACCCUCUCUGCCUCGCGAGCCAUCUCAGACUCGUGCGCCUGUUCAGCUUCGUGUCCCACCUGUUGCGGCGCCGCUGCUGGCUCAGAGGCAGGCAGUGCGUCCGCUCCAUCUCACGCAGCCUUUAAUGCUUCCCUCCUUAUCUCGCUAGCACUACAGAUCUACGCUCGCGCAGUGCGCAUCUUGCGGGAUGGCUUCUCAUCCUCUGCAAGCAGCAGCAGUGGGGAUGGUGCCAUCGCUGGCGCUACCACAGGUACGGCCUCUGGAUCAAGUUCGGUAGAUGGGGUCGUGGGCGGUCUGGAGAUUAAAAUCGGUGGCUAUCGUCCCAGCAAGGAGAAUGCUCGCCGGAUCGCUCUGCUAGCCAUUCGAUUGGAACUGUCAGAUUUGGAAAAGGGGAUGGGAAGGGUUUAUAAGAUGGCCGUGGGCGGGGGUGAGGAGAGAGCUGCUGCAGAGGAAAGUGUCGUAAAGAGUGGACGACAGACGCGAGAAGGCGGAGAGACAGGCUCGGAUGUUGUCAAGAGUGAAGCGGGUAAGGAUCCUGGCACAGGAGGUGCUUUGCACGUAGGGCCAGUGGCAGCAGGGGCAGAGAAGCCCAUUCCACCUGCGCGUCGACUCCUGGCGCCCGUCGAUGGUUUGGUGAUCUGCAAGCUGCGAGAGCAACUUCGAGAGAUGAUCAGCCGUGUUGAGGCUUUGGAGCGCCUCUGA